CAUGGUACAAGCAGGACCAGAGGCGAAAGUCGAAAAGUCGCGUCCUCAUCUGGCAGAUCUGGGUACUGGGUCCUGGGUCCCGGUCCUGGGCCUUGGGCACUUUACUAGCUUGCAUCCAAAAAUUUCCAGCCUCUCGUCCAACACCAGGCCUGCUACUGGCUUAAGCUCCAUAGCUCCAAACAGCGAGACCAAACAUCAAUCUCACAACCGCUUUCUACCACACGCACAAAGGAAGUCGACGUUUCCCGGACCUGCACUGGCCCUCACCCAUCCUCUCGGGCUCUGCACGCGCCGAAACCUCACACCACCGGAUCUUGCUCGUCGUAAUUGAUGCCCCGGUAACAAGCCGCCAUCAACGGUGCCUGGGCCGCAUCACGGGCGCUUCACUCUUUUCUUUAAAGCUCCCUCCCGAGUCGCGAACUCGACGCAAUUGAGACGCGCAGCAACGACAAACACAGACACAAAUACGGCACAAUGGCUUACGCACAAACGCCCAUGCGACCUGUCCCAGGCGCUUUCAUGCACACCCCAGCCGUCGCCUCCAGAUUCGGAACCAAUCCAGACCCCGUUCGGAGGCAACUAUUCAGAGAAAACAGCACCCAACCUGCCGGUCCUCAGCAGAACCCCUUCGUUCAGAAUGGACUGGACGCGCCCACGGGGCCUCAGCAGGCCCUGCAGCCAUUGGGACAGCCCGCUGGAGGGGCAGUGAAUGGACAGCCUCUCACAACCACCACUGCCGCGCAACCUCAGUCGCCCUUGGCCAAAGCUGCCAGCUAUGUCAACAGCUCCUUGGUGCUCGACGGCCAAUACCCAGAACUAGAGCAAUACGUCAAGCAAAUGUCUUCCGACUACCAAAAGGUUUCCGACGCUGCAUGGGCACCAUAUAAAACAGUUCAGCAGUACACACUACCUGACAGAGUGUUCGAGCAAUACGAAAGAGCCGAGGUUUCUACGAGCAUGGGCUUGUUUGCCGAGCUAAACCAUGCCUGGGUCACCGUGGACAACUGUUUAUACCUUUGGGACUACACUCACCCAAACCCAGAACUGAUUGGUUAUGAGGACAACGAGCAUAGUAUCACCUCUGUCAAGCUCGUUGCGCCCAAACCUGGCGUCUUCGUCAAGGAGAUCAACUACAUGCUGGUUGUUGCGACAUCAGCCGAUAUGUUCCUGCUUGGUGUUGCCGCCCAGUCUUCUGCUAAUGGAGCGACCACCGUCGACUUAUAUCAAACGCGAAUGCAGUUUCCCCUCCGUGGUACCGAGGCUCACGUCAUUGCUGGGGCAGCUAAUGGCCGGAUCUUCUUUGCUGGAUCUGUCGAUAGUGAUAUCUAUGAGCUAUACUAUCAGCAGGAGGAGAAAUGGUUCUCAAGUAGGACAGGCAAGAUCAACCAUUCAGCCACGGGUUGGUCCUCGGUUGUUCCCCUGGCAAAGGGCCCGCAAGCGCUGCUAUGGGGUAGCAAGACCGCUGAAUACAUUGUCGACAUCGUUAUCGACAACACUCGGAACUUGCUUUAUUCGCUUUCCAACAUCUCCACCAUUCGGAUUUACCACAUGGAAGGACCAGACAAGCUCACCAAAGUCGUCGAGAAGAGCAGACAUGACUGCUUGCGCGACAUUAUGCAUGCGCUCAGUGGAAGUUCCCCCCUGUUGAAUGAUCAGACCGUCAUCGUCUCCAUCUGCCCAGUCACAGCAAAUGAGGAUGCCAAGAUCCAUUUAGUUGCUGUGACAAACACCGGCUGCCGGCUCUUCAUGAGCGCUGCCGGUGCCUCUUAUUACAUGACUUCGUCCAACCAGGUACCGCAAAGCAUGCAACUACACUCCAUCAAAUUCCCGCCCUCGAACUUGUCCAGGUCGCAACGGCAACAAAACGCUUUCGGUGCUCCUAGCGAUUUCGACACACAAUCUAAUGCGCUCGUCACAACUAAUCAAGGUUCCCGCUUUGCUCCAGGUUAUUUCCUUGCGUCUGUGAACAAAGACGGAGGCGCCAAGGAUGUGCUCUUCGCCUCAGCUCCAGACACCGGCCGGAUCAAGAAUAGUGCUCACCAGGGCCUACGAUUCUAUGAGCACAGCAUGUGGAUAGAUGUCGGCGGUAAACCCGAGGACAUUGGCAUCGUCUCAAAACCAUUUGCUGCCACUUCUUCUCCUGCCGGUUUCGGAAACGAAUUAGCUGUACAGUUUGAUCAGUCCAGCAGUGAGUUCGCUGUCCUGACCAACACUGGUAUACACAUCAUUCGACGGAGAAGGCUCGUCGACAUCUUUGCAGCUGCCAUUAGGAAUGCUUCAGGUGAAGACGGACUGAACGAUGUGUACAACAUGUUUGCGACCUUGUAUGGACGCGUAGAGACAGUGACUGCGGCACUUGCCGUUGCAUGCGGUCAGGGGAGUGAUCAGCAGGCAGUCAACGGUCGGGGUGCCAUGGACCAAAGCACGGAAGAUCGUGCACGACACGUUUUUGUCAACAAUGGCGGUAACCCUACGCUUCCAGAGCAGGACGGUCAGCAACCAACUGUUGAGAGCGUAAAGCCAUCUUCACGCCACGGAGCCCUGGCCUUAUACCUCAGCCGUCUUAUCAGAUCUGUAUGGGGGGCACGAGUCAUUUCUAUCGGAAGUGACGCUGUGAACGGCUUGGUCAUCAACUCGACUAUUGUCCUUGGCAGACUGAGGACAGUCCAGGAGCAGCUCGAACGUCUCAAGUCAUUCCUUGAGGUGAACAAAAGCUUCAUCCAGGGUCUUUCUGGGCCAGCUGAUCUGCAAAGAGCUGGUAACAAGCAGGAACAAAUUGCCUUCCAGGGCGAGCACCAAGCGAUGCACGCACUCCUCGUACUGAUGGGUGGCAUCUCGGAAGGCAUUUCGUUUGUACAGAUGCUCUUCGAUGAGCGUGUCGCCGACAUAUAUGCGCGUCUCGACGAGACGUCCAAGCAACAGCUACGAGAACUGACAUAUGAACGUCUCUUUUCUCAAGAAUCUGGAAAGGAUCUUGCAAAGCUGCUCGUAAAGGCUAUUGUUAACCGCAAUAUCGAGAGCGGCUCCAAUGUUGAGACUGUUGCAGACGCUCUCAGACGAAGAUGCGGCAGCUUCUGUAGCCCCGACGACGUGGUCAUCUUCAGGGCACAGGAGCAAGUCAAGCGAGCUUCUGACCCUGCGCAAAACCCCAACACUGCCCGUACCCUGCUCGGAGAAAGCCUCAAACUCUUCCAGCGUGUGGCUGGCAGCCUCACCCAGACGAACCUGGAGACAGCUGUUGAUCAAUAUCUUGGAAUGAGAUAUUAUGCUGGCGCCAUUCAGCUUUGCCUGACCGUCGCUCAGGAGAAAGAUCGAGGCAAUGCCGCACAAUCUUGGGUUAACGAGGGUAGGCCCGCUAAUGACCCUAGAACGGCCAAGUUCGAAGAGCGGAAACGCUCCUACAACCUCAUCCACCACAUUCUCCAAAGCCUCGAUGCAGCAUCGAGUAAAGAGCCCGAGACGAUAGAUGGUAAACUCACCUCGAUUGCCAUUAAACGGAAUGAAGCCUACGACGUCGUUAAUUCAUCUGCCGAUGAAGUCUUCCACAACGAUCUUUACGAAUGGUAUGUUCAGCAGGGAUGGACCGACCGGCUGUUGAGGAUAGAGUCUCCACAUGUUGUCAAGUUCCUACAGAACCUGGCUACGUCGAACCUCGUUCAUGCCGAUCUCUUAUGUCGAUACUUCACGAUGCGCAACCAAUAUUAUCAAGCGGCGCAAGUCCAGGCAGAACUUUCCAAGUCUGACUUUGACAUUCCAAUCAAGGACCGUUUGAACCUUUUAUCCCGAGCCAAGACCAACGUCAGUGUUAUGACCAACGGUGUUGGUCGGCAAGAACUUCAAAUGCUUAACCACGAAGUGACUGAGCUUCUGGAAGUGGCGCAUAUCCAAGAUGAUCUUCUGGAACGCCUCAGAGCUGAUGCACGAAUUCCUGCCGAACGUCGCCCGGAAAUCGAAGAAGCCUUGGAUGGCCCGAUCCAAGGACUGACGGAGCUUUUCAAUAAUUACGCUGAUCAGGCAGGAUACUAUGACCUGUGCCUGCUCAUCUACCACGCCGCUGAUUUCCGCAACCCAACGACUAUUCAUCAAACAUGGUCAAAUCUCAUUCAACAAACACAUGAUGAAGUGCAGCAAGACUGGGACCGGUACGAGAGCAGUGCGAACAAAAACAAUUUGGAAGCGCCGCCACAACCUUACGAGAAACUCGUUGGCGUAAUUCAAGAAGUCUGUCAUCGGGCUUCGAACGACAGCUUCAUUUUCCCUGUUGCGACCUUAUUGCCAGAGCUCUGUGCAUAUGCAUAUGAGAAUGUCCAGGAUAGCAGAAUUGGUGCAGACACGAAUUGGCCAGUGAUUCUCUUCCUUCAACUUGGCGUGAGCCAUGACCUAAUUGCUCGCAUCCUCGAAGGUAUGUUUGAGGGCCAGGAAAUGCCAUUCCGCAAUGGUGCACGCUUGAGAGUCGUCGAGUGGAUUACGCAUGUUGUCCACGAUUGGACCAGGCAGGCCGUACGUGCCGGUCGUUCUGAACGCAGCCUGGAGCCUUGGGUCAGUGAACUGAUGGCCGGGUGCGAAGCCGUGGCACAGAACUCACCAGCACGUGCACAAAACGACGGUGGUUUAUCGUCUCAGGACUUGCUGAGAGAGGUCAAAGAAGUCAAGAAGGCAGUCGAUGGUUUUGCUGGUCUUGGAGCAGGCAGCUUUCGCGCUAGCAUGGGCUUCUUGUAAACCAUGAUGUGAUGGGCAAUCUGCUUGCUCUCAUACAUGUUAUAUGACAGAAGCGUGCGCAGUUCGUUUGGAAACGGAGAGCUUUGAAAAACGAGGCGACAAAUACCACGGGAUUUGGAGUAGUCUUUGAAUUUGUCUGCUCGACAAAAGACAAGUUAGUCAUGAAAGGGAAGCAGGAGUAAAUCUAUAAGUGUAGUAUAGAAACGGAAGUGGUCUUCCAGAAAGGGAGUCAACCGCUUGGCGAAAUCAUGCGAAGGCGUUGGUUAGUGGGCAUCCAAUAAUGAAUUUCUCAAGACCGUUCUUUACG